UUAGGCAUUCCUGUACUGGUGUACAUCCGCUCUAGACAAUGAAAUAGCAUCUCAUCCGUGUUGCUCAGCUUGUUGUUCCUACUCUUCAUUUAUGUUCCCCUCCAUUGAUUAGCUGCAACACACUGCACUUUCAUUUCACAUCAUAGGAAUCAUAGUUAAGCAAGUUAUUUUAAUUAAUGUGCAUUUAAUAACACAGUUAAGAGGGGAAUCUGCCUGUAUCUCUGUUGCCGAACUGCUUCUCUUAGGGGAAGGAGAUGAUUUUUUGGGCCCCUUGAUCCACAGCGCCUUACAGCUGUGCAGGAAGCAUGCAAGGGGUGGGGGUGGGGAUUCCUCUCGCUUGUCUUGGGUUCCCCUGCUUUGUUCCCGCCUUGAGUUCUGCUGUGGGCUGCCCCCUCCCGGGUUGGCUGCUUGUGAGGAGAGGAGGCUCCUUCCUGGCACCUCCCCAGCCGGAGAAGCCGGCUCCGGGCAAGCAGGAAGGCUGUGCGCGCCCUUGGUGCAAGGGGUGGACGGAGACCCACCCGAAGGGCUGGCCCUCAGCUGCAAGGUCUCGGUUGAAGAAGGAAAGUGACGUUUCCAUCAUGACUGAAUACCACAUACGGACCUAUGAGGACCGAGACUAUGAGGCAGCACGUGCCAUAUUUGCCAGUGGGCUCAUGGAGCACAAUCCGGCUGUUUUCUGGUACAUCCUGAGCUGCCCCCAGACCCACCUCCUGCUGCUGGGCGCCUUCCUCUUGGCCUACGUGGCUUCUGCGUCUGUCCUGUUCUCCCUCGGGGUCGUGUCUGCCCUCUGUUCUGGCUGGAUUCAGACGAAGGCCAGUUCGAACGAUUACAUCCAAAGGGCUCUUGAUGGAGACAUGCGGGACAUCCGGGGGGCCUACCUGGAGCAGAAGGACUGCUGCUUCUGGGUGGUGGAGCAUGGCGAGGAGGUGGUAGGGACCGUGGCCGUCACCCACCCGGAAGACACUUCAUGGCGGGGCAGAGCACUGGAGCUGAAGCGCAUGUCCGUGAAAAAGGAGCACCGCGGCCGGGGGAUCUCCAAGGCGCUCACCCGGACCGUCAUCCGCUUCGCCCAGGAGCGUGGCUAUAAGGAAGUCGUAUUGGGCACCUCAAUAGUGCAGACGGCGGCUCAGCGCGUGUACGAGAGUAUGGGCUUCCGUAGGGUCAGGAUCAUCCACCCCUUCCUCCUGCUUAAGCUACUGAACUUUCACAUCUACAUCUAUCGCUAUGAGAUCCUGGAGACCUAUUGAGACACAUCUUCCCCCCCAAAAGGUCUAUCAGAGGAGCAGGUGGACCGUGGGUGGGCAUUCUUGCUCACACGGGGACGCUACAGGUGAGCAGGAAUCUCAAUGCUGCAGAAACAUCUCCUUCCAAAUAGAGAAUAAGAGGAAGGAGAGGCCUCGCCUGCAUGUGGGGAGAGAACCUGUUAAGUAGCAACUGGAUAGGCCUUAAGGGUUUCGCUAACUGAAGUUAAUGUAGGAAUUCUUGCCUUUGAGUCACAUCGCAACCCAGCCGAAGGGGCGACCUCCCUAACCCUGGCCACCGCAAUGCAGCGCAUGAUUGUUGCCACUACUGAAGCAGGUUUCGAAAUGGCGCCGUUGGUUCUGUUCCCCUGUGGUGGGCAGAGCAAGGUUGUUGAUCGUAUCUGUGAGGACUUCAGCAUUGUAACCAAGAAAGAUGGCAUCUUUGACAGCUGGCAGCCUGGUGAGGAAGGGGAGCCAGGAUGAUGGACUGACUGGCAGUGAUUCAGGAAAGAGUCCUAUCUUCUCCCUCCCCGCCUCCAACUGGCCCUACCUUGCAGGCUUGUUGUGUGAGUAAAGUAGCAGGAAGACUCUAUCCUGCUCUGGAGGGAAAAACAGUUAUAAGUAAAAAAAAUCAUUAAUGGAA